AUGGCAUCAAAAGCUGACCCGUUGCCUUCAGUGGCAUAUCUAGGCCCACGAACAUCAUACUCUCAUCAGGCAGCGAUUGAAUGUUUUGACCCAAACACCCACGUCUUUGAGCCCAAGACCACAAUCGAAGACAUAUUCGUCGCCGUCGAGGACCGCACCGUCACCUAUGGCGUGGUUCCCUUCGAGAACUCUACCAAUGGCUCCGUAGUCUUUACACUCGACCUCUUCUGCGACCGCUCCGCGCAAUACCGUUCUACGCGCGUAUGUGGAGAGGCUUAUCUGGAUGUACACCACUGCCUUCUCUCCCCUGCCAAGGACCUCAAGUCAAUAACGAAGAUUUACUCGCAUCCUCAGGCAUUCGGCCAAUGUGAGACUUGGCUGAACGCAAACCUGAAAGGUGUAGAGAGAGUGGACGUUUCUUCCACCUCAAAAGCCGCUCAGAUCGCCGCAGACUUUGAGGACGCUGGUGCGAUAGCUAGUAAGAUUGCUAGUGAUGUCAAGGGGCUCAAGAUACUUGCCGAGAAUAUCGAGGAUUCCCACGAUAAUACUACACGCUUCUUUGUGUUGUCGGCCAUUAAGCGAUCUGGUGUGAGCACAGGUGAAUGGACGGUGGAGGAGGGGGGCGGGAAAAAGAAAGAUAAAUCCCUAUUAUCAUUCACGAUCGACCAUAAGUUGCCAGGCGCACUUUGCGAUUCCUUGAGGGUUUUCAAGGAUUUCAAUCUUAAUCUCACCUCCAUUGCAUUGGAGGAACUGAAGAAGUACUGCGUAGACUUGAGGGUUUUGGGUAGUUACGUAGACAAGCAAGGCAGGAAGGGGUCGAGGUAUAAGGAGAGUUGA